GCGCUCAGCUCCGCCGACGUGCCCCCCCAGGUGUGCCCGACGGGGCUCGGGGAACGCGAGGACCAGGAGGCAGACACGGCCCAGACAUCCCACAAGUCCGGCGGCACUCCGAGGCCGCCCCCAGGCAGGGAAAGGGAGCCCCUGGACCCACGCUCCAGACCCCGCGAUGGCGGGAGAGGCCCGGGCGGGCGGGGACGCGGCGUUGCGCCGGCUCCUGAGGCUGCACCGCACUGAGAUCGCCGUGGCCGUGGACAGCGCCUUUCCGCUGCUGCACGCGCUAGCCGACCGCGACGUGGUUCCCGAGGACAAGUUCCAGGAGACGCUGCGUCUGAAGGAGAAGGAGGGCUGCCCACAGGCCUUCCACGCGCUCCUCUCCUGGCUCCUGACCCAAGACACAGCCGUCAUCCUGGACUUCUGGAGGGUUCUUUUCAAGGACUUCAACCUGGAGAGAUACGCCCGGCUACAGCCCAUCCUAGACAGUUUCCCUAAAGAUGUGGACCUCAGCCAGCCCCGGAAGGGGAGAAAGCCGUCGGUUGGCCCCAAGGCUGCAGUGCCCCUGCCCAGACCCCCCACCAAGAGGAAGGUCCUGGAGGAGCCUCGGACGCCCCCGGCAGCCCUGUCCCAUAGGGGUGCCCCCAGCCCAGGCUCUCAAGCGAAGGCCAAGCCCCACAAGAAGCCGGAGACCACCGCAGAGCCACAGCGCCUCCCGCUGGGGAAUGGAAUCCAGACCAUGUCUGCUUCGGUCCAGAGAGCUGUGGCUGUGUCCUCUGGGGACGUCCCAGGAGCCCGUGGGGCCGUGGAGGGCAUCCUCAUCCAGCAGGUGUUUGAGUCAGGUGGUGCCCAGAAGUGCAUCCAGGUUGGGGGUGUUUACACGCCCAGCAAGUUUGAAGACCCCGGUGCGGGGAAGAAUAAGGCCCGCAGUGGUGGUGGCCUGAAGACCGUGGUCCGAGCCAAGGGGACCCAGGCUGCUGCCCCUGCUGGAGGGGACCCGAGGGCAGGUCAGCAGGGCAGGGGCCCAGCCCCUCCUUCCCUCCCCAGCGAGCCCCACCUCCACCAGAAGAACGAGGAUGAGUGUGCAGUGUGCCAUGACGGCGGGGAGCUCAUCUGCUGUGACGGCUGCCCCCGGGCCUUCCACCUGGCCUGCCUGUCCCCACCGCUCCGACAGAUUCCCAGUGGGACCUGGAGGUGCUCCAGCUGCCUCCAGGGAGGAGUCCAGAGGGACCUGCCCCGGGCCGAGGAGCCGCGGCCCCAGGAGCUGCCUGCCGAGACCCCGGUCAUCCUGGGACUCAGUUCAGCAGGAGAGGAGGCGAGGGGACUGCCCAAGGAGACCCCAGCUGGAACACACACUGCUGUCACCUACAAGCACCUGCUGGCCCCACCUUCCGCGGCCCCCCUACCCGUGCUGGACCCCUCGGCCCUGCGCCCCCUACUAUGUGUGGGCCCCGAGGGGCAGCAGGGCCCCACGUCGGGCGCGCGGUGCGGAGUGUGCGGGGACGGCGCGGAUGCACUGCGUUGUGCGCACUGCGCCGCCGCCUUCCACUGGCGCUGCCACUUUCCCGGAGGGGCCAGGCCCGGGGCCGUCCUGCGCUGCAGAUCCUGCUCCGGAGACCCCGCCCCGACUCCAGCUCCGGCUCCAGGGGAGGGGGCGCCCGCCCCGAGCUCCGGGCGCCAGGCACCGGGACUCGCCAAGGCAGGGGACGAUUCUGGUCACGAGCCUGUUCUGCAACGGGAUGACCUGGAGUCCCUCCUGAGCGAGCACUCCUUUGAUGGCAUCCUACAAUGGGCCAUCCAGAGCAUGUCCCGCCCGCUGGCAGAGGCGCCCACCUUCCCCUCCUGAUCCAGGAGGGGCCACCACAGCGCAGGAGGAGGGGCUGAGUGAGAGCGGGCCCCACCCCCGUAUGGGUGGACCUGAGUGCUGUGCUUAUUGUGACUCUGCUCCGAGAGGGACAGGGGACACGCUCCCGCACCCCUGGAAGUGUCCAGGUUAGUGCCAAGAGGAACUGGAAAAUUCCAAGUGCUGGCAACACUGCCUUGUAAACACAGCCCGUCUGCGGUGACACGAGCCAUCAUGUGUGCUGAAAUUAAAGUCACUUUUGUGUGGUUUGA